AUCAUUGGUAUGCAGGCAGUGCAGUGUCAGUGAGGAGAGAGGGAGCAGUCAGUGCUGCAGGGCAGAGGUUAGCGAGGAGGAGAGUGCGUGAAUGAGAGCUGCUGAAUCUGCUGUUUGCUUGUUUUGCUGGGCUGCCUCCUUUCCACACAGCACUGGCACCACAGAAUACCCUGCCACCACUACAGACGCUGCUGAUUACCACGCUAGUUAGCCACAGCGCUAACAGGAGAGCAAGGGGCCACCAGGAAUCAAGUUAUCCGGGUUUCUCCAUCCUUUGAGCAGGGGACGUAGCCGUGUCGUGUAGUGGAGGGGGCUAACGCUACGAUUUAGUCACCCGCUCCUACCUCCCCCAACCCCACUCCCCGUCCCCUUCUCCCCAACCAGCACCAGCAGCCCGCUUGCUCCUCCCUAUCUAUGCCCUUGUCCUCGGCGGCUCCUCUCAACUCCCUGGCCAGUAUAUGGAUAGAAGCUCCCUGUUUCAGCUCAUACAAGAGCAGCUGGACCCAGACAACACCGGUUUCAUUGCAGUGGAGAACUUCACCAGUCUGGUGGAGCACCAUGAGCUGCAGCUGGACCCCUCCAAACUGGACAUGCUGUUCGCCCUGGUGCAGAGCAACGAGGAGGGACAGGUGUGCUACCAGGAGCUCAUUGAGCUGAUGAGCAGCAAGCGUUCCAGCAGUUUCCGACGGGCCAUCGCCAAUGGCCGCCGUACGCUGCAGCGAGAGAUCCUAUUGGAUGAGACGGGCCUUGGUGUGUACAAGCGCUUUGUGCGCUACGUGGCCUAUGAGAUCCUGCCCUGCGAGACAGACCGGCGCUGGUACUUCCACCAGAACCGCCUUUGUCCCCCGCCCAUAUUCAUGGCCAUCAUUACCAUUGUCCAGAUCAUCGUGUUCAUGUGUUAUGGCAUCAUGCUGAAUAAGUGGGUACUGCAGACGUACCAGCCAGACUUCAUGAAGAGCCCCCUGGUGUACCACCCCAGACACCGCCACCAGGUCUGGCGCUUCUUCACCUACAUGUUCAUGCACGUUGGGUUGGAGCAGCUGGGGUUCAACGCUCUGCUCCAGCUGAUGAUCGGAGUUCCCUUGGAGAUGGUCCACGGCAUCCUACGCAUCAGUCUGCUGUACAUGGCCGGUGUUUUGGCAGGGUCCUUGACGGUGUCCAUCACAGACAUGCGUGCUCCAGUGGUGGGGGGCUCCGGCGGGGUCUAUGCUCUGUGCUCGGCGCAUCUGGCCAACGUCGUCAUGAACUGGGCCGGCAUGCGUUGUCCAUACAAGCUCCUCCGCAUGAUUCUGGCGCUGGUGUGCAUGAGUUCGGAGGUGGGCCGUGCAGUGUGGCUGCGCUUCUCCCCGCCCUUGCCCUCCUCAGGGCCCCAGCCCAGCUUCAUGGCCCACCUGUCGGGGGCGGUGGUGGGCAUCAGCAUGGGCCUGCUCAUCCUGCGCAGCUAUGAAGAGAGCCUGCAGAAGCAGUGCUCCUGGUGGGUCAUCGUCUUCUCCUUCAUCACGUUCCUUCUCUUUGCGAUUUUCUGGAACAUCUUCGCCUACGAGCUGCUAGGGGUGCAGCUCCCGCCUGCUCCCUGACACCAAGAAGCUCCCUCCCACUCCAUUACAUUGUCCCUCUCAUUGUCAUAUGUCAAGACCCGUCCACUUUACCAUAUCCUUUUCCUGUCCCCUCAGCCAACCUCCCAACAACACCAUUCAAAACACCAUACGUUUUUUCAUUUGAAACUGUACAGGGCAGGAAUUAUUCUUUCCAUGUACCCAUAUCAUCAAAAAAUCAUAUCUGUUUUGUGGUGGGAGGGAAUUUGGUAGCAACAUAUGCAGGUGAAACCUGUGUAGCUCUGUUCAUAUCCUCAUUGUGGAGCAGCUAUGUAAAAAGGUCAUCCCUUUUAUCUUUUGUGUUGAAGCUUUACCCACCUCAAGGUUGAACCUGUCAGCGAGCCAUUUUGAUUAAUACCCAUGCAGCUUCAGUUCUCCUGUGUUCAGAGUGGGUUCAUGACCCUCUAGGUGCUUCUUACUGGACAGGUGUGUGUUCUGUCAGUAUCCCUCACUGCCCCUUUUAAAGCCAUGAGGCAGCAGGGCACCAGUGUUCUAUUGCUCAACAUGCACCUAAACAGAAUAUCUACACUGUGGAAUAAUGAUAGGAAUUCACAGGAAUAGGUAUUACAUGUAACAAGGCAUGCAGCUAGGAAGUAUAGAGGUGGAAAAGACAAGAGGGGAGAGGGGAAAAAAAUGCUGAAACUGUGACAUCCUUUCUCCUCACCGUCACCACCGUGGUGCUCAUGUCCGUAGCCAUUGUCACUCUCCUUUUCCACCCAACCUAAAUGCUUCAGCAGGUUAGCAUAAUCUCUACCACUACCAUAUGCUAACCUGCUAAGCACCAGCAUCUCAUCUAGCUAAUGCUAUAAGGUCGUAACUAAAACGCUUGCUCUGUGCACCUUGGACACACCAGCCUUCACCCUUCUGUGUUGCCAUCUCCAAGAACAACCACUGCCUGAUGCUGUCGGUGUGGGAACGCAAAGAGAGAGAUGCACACACUGUCAAUUCUCACUCUAACACACUGAACUGGGGAGGGCAACGGACAUGUUAUCAUCGCCUGACCUCUGACCUCUGUGUCCCAGCGGGCAUUGGGGUCGGUCUGUCGAGGCCCAGUCUAUACCUCAGUGUCUCAUUCUUAGGGACUGUACACUUUUGUAAAGGAAUGUAAGCGUAAAAAAAGUGUUAAUAAUUUAUUUCUGUUUUUCCUUUGAUAGUGGAUGUGGAUAUUAUAUGUUCAUAAUUAAGAGUAUAUUUACUUGUAUUUUUUCCUUGUUUGGGAAAACAAAAGAAGAAAAAGUUUCAAACGGUGCAGACUUAAUGCUAUGAUUGUUCUUAUGAUUACUCUUACAAUACAGCUUUGUUCCUCUGAAAAUAAUCAGCGAGCAGAAAUCCCUGUUUACUAUGACGAAUGAACACCAAUGACGCAGGUUACACUCGUCUUUAUAAAUCUUAGUGCUUUAAAGAAUAAGCCAUAGAAGAACCAAUUCAACAUAGACAUGGAAAACAAAGGAUGAGUAAAAACAGUCCGUGCCUGAUUUCUGGUAUAUGCUGUGGUGAAUGUUUCUGCCGUGUAGUCGUCAUUAUUAAGGUCAAAGCUGAUCAAAUAUUUCAUAUGUUAUGUGGUAAAUGAAAGACAGGAUGACAAAGCCAAACUCUUUGUGCAAGAACAUGCUUGAGAAAUGCUGGACUGUUAAACAUUAAAUAUUUGUUGUUAAACACAUCUUAACAACUUGGUUGACCGAUAGAAUAUUCAGACACAGCAUUACUGUAUGAUUGACAGAUUCCAAAUCACCCCAGUGUGGUGAUGCCUGACUAGUCUUUUUUGGUUAAUGACACAUUUUGGAUAGAGGAACAUGCCCCAAAUUAGCUCAUUGUCUGAACCAAGCAUUUGCUAAACUUGAAAUUAAAUUUACUUAUGUGUA